AUGAAGAAGGAAUGGGAAGACCAACUCAAGAACGAGAACUUCUCAAUCAUCCAUCGGACAUCAGUUCCAGAGGGAGCUACAAUCUUUCCAACAGUAUGGCAAAUGAAACAAAAACGAGAUAUUCGAACGAGGGAAGUCAAAAAGUACAAAGCAAGAUUGAACUUUGACGGGUCCAAGAUGAAAUAUGGACAAGACUACGACCAAACAUAUGCACCAGUUGCAAGUUGGAACUCGAUUCGAACUCUUCUGAUUGUCUCUGCAAUGCUUGGGUGGAAAACCAAGCAGAUCGACUAUGUCCUGGCAUUUCCGCAAGCACCAGUUGAGAGGGAGCUCUACAUGAAGCUUCCAGCUGGUUUCAAAGUUGUCGAUGGAAACAGUAACGAAUACAUUUUAAAGUUGCAUCAAAACAUUUAUGGAGGAAAGGCAGCAAGCCGAGUCUGGUAUCAAUAUUUGACGAAGGUUCUCGUCGAUAAAUUGGAAUUCAAGAAAUCCAAUUACGAUGAAUGUGUCUUUUACAAAGGAAAUGUGAUGAAGCCUGACGGUUCUAUACACCUCACCCAACCACAUUUGAUUGAUCAGAUUCUGAAGGACCUAAACAUGCAGGAGGACACGGCGACACGACCAAUCCCAGCAGCAUCAUCAAAGCUGUUGUCAAAACAUUCUGAUUCUCCAGAGUUUGAUGGAUCGUUUCACUACAGAUCUGUCAUUGGAAAAUUAAACUACCUGGAGAAGGGUUCAAGGCCGGACAUCGCUUAUAUUGUUCACCAGUGUGCAAGGUUCAGUACAUGCCCAAAGAAGGAGCAUGGCAAGGCAGUACGAUGGUUGGCGCGAUAUCUCAAGGGCACAAAAGACAAAAGAUUGAUUCUACAACCUGAUAGAACGAAAGGAUUGGAGGUCCACGUCAAUGCUGACUUCGCUGGAAAUUGGGAUCCCAAAGAAUAUGAGGAUUGCAAUACAGCAAGAUCAAGGCAUGGCUACUUCAUCAAUUUCGCAGGUUGUCCUAUCGUCUGGAAGUCGCAGCUGCAAACUGAGAUUGCGUUAUCAUCAACAGAGUCAGAAUACACUGGAAUCUUUUAUACUCACUUCGUGAAGCAAUACCCAUCAUGA